AUGCGGACACCGACGGCGAUGAUCGUGGGGCUGGUGCUGUGCCCCUGCGGGCUGCUGCUGACGCUCACGGGCACGCUGGCACCCAACUGGAGGCAGGUGAGCUACAUACCUAACCAGCCCGUUGACGUCGUCUUGGAGCAGGGCAUCUGGGACAUGUGCAGAGAGCAGCAGAGCAGCCGUGACCGUCGCUGUGGGCAGGCUGAUGAGCUGGGCUACUUUGAGCAGAUGCCUGUGCAGGCAGCCCAAGGGCUGAUGCCCACCUCACUGGUGCUCACCCUCCUAGGCUUGGUGGUGGCUGCCCUGGGGGUUCGCUGCUGGCAGAAGGAGCCACGGCACCUGCUUGCUGGUGUGGCAGGGCUUGUGCUGCUCCUCUCAGGGCUGAUGAGCCUUGUGCCUGCCUCCUGGUACACCCAUGAGCUGUGGGCACUGCCUGCACCAGCUGGCAGCACCCUGGUUGUAGGCUACAGCUUGGUGCUGAGCUACUUAGGAAGCUGCCUGGAAAUCUUGGGGGGGCUGGCCCUUGCCCUCAGCUUCCACCACUGCUGCAAGGAGCACAGGGCCCCCAAACUGCCCCCCAGCCCUGUGCUGGAAGCUGGGCCAUGCUCCACCAUUGGGGCUUACCGCAAUCCCUGGGACGUGCUGGAGGACGAGCGAGAUGGACAGCACUGGAGGAGCACCCUGCCUUGUGACUCUGACUUGUAG